UAUGUCCCCACUCCCAAUGGAAAUUUUUUCCCAAAGGUUUUAAGAUUCAGAUUUAGAUCCUAAAUUGGUGAAAAAAAACUGAAGGAAAAAAAGUAUUGUACCCUUCAGAUUUUGUGUUUUUGUUUUUAUGUUUAUAUUAGAAAGUCAGAACAGUCUAUUCUUUCAACAGUUUCCCAAAUUUAUUUUAUUUAUUGUUUUUAUCUUAAAUUCUUCUUUAAGAGAUAACUCAAUCAUUCUAUUUUUUUUUUUGCUUUCUUUUUUGGCAAUGUUACCUCAGAGAAUGUUCAACUCUAAUGUUUUGAAGACCAUAUAUGUUUUUUAGGAUCAAUUUUAGUCUUAAGGUUUUGUUUUUUGUUUCGUUGUUAUAGAAUUGAUGGUGAUGACAUAGAUGACAAAUUUCACUCACCCCAUUUUUCAAUGCUUGCUUUGUGUUUGUGAAAUUGUGUGUUAGAGUGACUCUCACCAUAUCUCAAAAUUCAAGACAAAUUUGGUGUAGAGUUUGUUCAUUUGAGUAUAGAAAUUAGUGAAAAGACUCUUCUUUCAUCUGGGUUUUCACUUUUCAGCUUAGUUUGGUGUAAUUGAGUUCUGGGGUUUUUGGGGUUUAUUUUUAUUUUUUUUGGGAAAUGAAAUUAAACAUAUAGGGUUGUAUUGUUGGCUGAUUCUGUGGUUAUAGAAAAUGGGAUCUCAUGGUGGAGCAAUCCAAGCGCCAAAGGCAGGACCUUUGGCUAGAGAAGGAUCUUUGUACAAUCUCACAUUUGAUGAGGUGCAAAAUCAGCUUGGAAAUUUAGGGAAACCCUUAGGAAGCAUGAAUCUAGAUGAGUUACUCAAGAGUUUGUGGACAUCUGAAGCUGCUCAAGCUUCUGGAUUGGAUUCUGGUGCUACUGAUGCUUACAUGCAACAAGGUCAACUAGCUUCUGGGUCGUCUAUGAAUCCGCCGGCACUUUCCGGCGAUCUUAGCAAGAAGACUAUUGAUGAGGUUUGGAGAGACAUGCAACAGAAGAAGAGUAGUAGUCAAGAUAGAAGAACAGCUACACUAGGUGAGAUGACUUUGGAAGAUUUCUUGAUGAAAGCUGGUGUGGCUACUACUGAAUCUUUUCCAACAGAGGAUAAUGCUAUUUCAGGAAGGGUUGAUUCUCAACAACAACAACAACACAAUACAUCUCAACAGGGUCAUUGGAUGCAGUUCCAAAUCCCUCCGGUGCAACAAUCACAACCACAACAACAGCAUCAGCAUCAGCAUCAAAAUCAUCAGAAUAAUAUGAUGCCUGGUUUUGCAAGCUAUAUGGCUAGUCAUGUGGUUCAACAGCCUGUUUUGGAUGCAGGAUACAAUGAUGCAAUGGUGAGUAUAUCGCCGUCUUCUUUAAUGGCCACUUCAUCGGAUACACAAACUCAAGGUAGGAAAAGGGUUGCCUCUGGUGUUGUGGUUGAGAAAACUGUGGAGAGGAGGCAGAAGAGGAUGAUUAAAAAUAGGGAAUCUGCCGCUCGGUCGCGGGCUAGAAAACAGGCUUACACACAAGAACUGGAGAUCAAAGUUUCACAUUUAGAAGAAGAAAAUGAAAGGCUUAAAAGACUACAUGAGAUGGAGAGAGUAUUGCCAAGUAUGCCACCACCAGAUCCUAAGCAUCAGCUUCGCAGAACUAGCUCAGCUCCCUUUUGACGGCUUUAUUGCAAAUGAGUUCCUAGCGAAAUUUUCCACGCACUCCCAUAGUUCUUUCUUAUCUGCAACAUAUAUUUGAACACUCGAGUUUCCAACAAUCAGGAAAGCUAUUUUUUUCAGGGAAAUGCGACGAUAUGAAUCGCCGGCGUGCCCUCUUCAAAAGUGUUUUCCUGUAUGUACAUUUUAUAAGCCAGACUUUCAAUUUACCCAGUUCUAUAUAUAUGCUUUAGUGUAAUUUUGAACAGAACACUUUGUGGCUUUAUUACCAAUUUUGAUGGUCCUGUGGUAUGUGUGGUGAGUGCAACUAUCAAUCAUUGCCCUUGUUGCAUGUGCUUAAACUAGCAAUAGAAAAAUUGGUUUAAAUUACUUCAUGAGGAAUGUAUUUUGCCUGCUAAAUGAAUGUUGUAUCACAUUUCCCAUGGUUACUUUUGGCGAGGGUUUAAAUAACUUUUUCGUCCAUGAAAAUAUAUCAGUAUUUGCUUUUAGUAAUGAUUUUUUUUUAUCGGUAGACAGAAUGGUAAUAGUUUAUAGAAACUCACAAAAUUAUGAUGACAUAGGUUUGAAUCUGGGUGUUAGUGUCUAAACUAACAAGCUGAAUUUAGACUUCAAAACAAUGUUGAAUUUGUUUUACUCUUUGAAACUCUGGAAAUUAUGUACUUUUUCUAUAACUUAUGAUUAGUCGUUUUUACCAAGAUGUAGUAGUGACUAGUGACACAGUCACACAGCAAUCCAAUUAUGCACAAGUAAAGAAUGAACAGCAUUGUCAAUUACAAAGGAAACGACUCUCAUCUAAGUCAUAAAUAGCUUUUAAAUCUAGGAGCCCAAAAUUGGUGAGGGCAUGUCAGAACUUGGAAUGUACACUCAAAAUGUUUGACCAGGACUUUUAAUUUCUUAGUUUUUUUUUCUUCCUUUCAAAAUCUUGAUGACACUCAAAUGUUUGACUAAGACUUCUAAUUUCCAAGUUUUUUUUUCUUCCUUUCAAAUUCUUGAUGACAGAUAAGUCCAUACCAAACA